AUGCGACGAGAGACCACAAAGGAGAUGCCGGGAUUCCGUACAAGAGCUCAAGCUCAGAAGAAGGCGGCGGCGAAGGCAUCAACGAAGGAGAAGCCCUCCGGUGUGCACGAAAAAGCCGUUCCUGCGGAGGAGAAGACGGGUGGCGCACAAAAAAAAUCAAGCCCCUGCGGAGGCAAAGCUACGAGCCGAAAGGCCAAAACGCCAGGCGAGAAGCAGCAGGCUCCGGACCAAGUCCCGAGAAUGUGGAGAGCAGCUGGUGACGAGAGAGGGCUGCCUAAGCCGACGAACACCCCCCGGCAAGAUGAACGUGCUGUCACGGCGGAAGUUACGGAUGCGGUAGGUGAUAUUAUUGUAACGGUCGCGGAGGAGACGGUUGACAAAGGGAGUGUUCGUCAUGUGGUAUUUUCUGCCUUGACUGCCUCAAGAAACCCCCGCCGGCAAAUCCUAGAAGGCGAUAUCCGUGAGGACGCGACCUUACCAAGCGCAGAAUAUAGCACUGGUGUGACCUCGCUCACGAUCUCUGGUUGUGUUAACAAUGGAGACCCGAACUUGAUGACCACCGGUGCUGAACAAUGCACGGAUCUCAACUCUGACGAAGGUCCCGAUGUGCGUGAAGAGCCAGAAGAAGAAGAAGAAGAAGAAGAAAAUGAUGAUGAUGAUGAUAAUGAUGAUGAUGAUGGAGUUGGCGAUGGUGGUGACAUUCGGGAAGAAGGUUGGAGCAUUGGCGAUUUGACUGACGAGGAUUCGGAUACUGAGCAGGAGGAAUUGCCUGAAUCAGGUGGUCCUCAAUCGCGAAAGAUAGUGCUGCAACCAAACAGAUGA